AUGAAGGCCAUGACGAGAAUGCCGCGCCACGCCAUCCCGCGCAUCGCGACCGCCACAGCGCCCCUGCUGCGCCAAUCCCGCCGCAGCCUCUCCUCGACAGUCUUCAAGACGGCAGACGUCGCGCCCGUCGUGGGCACCGGCCCGCCGCCCGAGGCACCGCGAUCCGCCGCUGAGUUCUCGGCCGAGAGCAAGCUGAGCCAGGAGGCGGCGGCCAAGCUGGCGCGGCGGAAGAGACAGGCCGAGAUGCUCGAGAUGGCGCAGGAGAUCCGCAACGCCGCGUCGAUGAAGGGGGUCAAGGGCGGGCUCAAGAGGCGGUUCUGGAAGGAGGUGCGCGUCGAGGAGGUGGACGGCGCCCUGCAGGUCAUGCUCGACAACCGCCCCCUCCGCCACCCAGGCACCACCAACAUCAUCCGUCUGCCAACGUCCAAGCCGCACCUCGCCUCGGCCGUCGCCAUCGAGUGGGACCUGCUGACGUCCGCCUACCAGGCGACGAAGCAGCACCUCAUCCCCCUGACAUCGCUCAUCUGCCGCGCCAUCGACAUUGAAGCCAACGACAACGGCGAGGAGGUCCCCUCAGCCUCGCCUGCCGCCGACGGGGAGGAAGCGCCAGCGGCACCGGCGCCCUUUUCGUCGACGGCGAACCCAGACGACGUGACGAUCCGCGCGCAGAUCGCCACGACGCUGAUGCGCUACCUCGACACGGACGCCAUGCUCUGCUGGGCGCCGCCGCCGGGGCCCAUGGACAUGCGCAACGAGGACGGCGACGGGCUGCGCGACGUCCAGGAGAAGACGGCCGUCGACGUGCUCGCCUACCUGCGGGCGCACGUCUGGCCCGGCGUCGCCAUCGCCCCCGUGCUCGACGGCAACGCCAUCGUGCCGCGGCCCCAGGCCGACGGCGUCCGCGACACAGUCAAGGCCUGGGUCAGCGGGCUCAGCGCCUGGGAGCUCGCCGGCCUCGAGAGGGCCGUGCUCGCCGGCAAGAGCGUCGUCGCCGCGAGCCGCCUCGUCGUCGAGUGGAGCGAGGACGAGCCCGCCGGUGGCCUGCGGCCCGCGCGCGAGGCCGCCGAGGACAGAUUCGGCGUCGAGCAGGCCGCUGUGGCCACGAGUCUGGAGGUCACCUGGCAGACGGGCCACUGGGGCGAGGUCGAGGACACGCACGACGUCGAGAAGGAGGAUCUGCGGAGGCAGUUUGGCAGCGUUGUGCUGCUCGUCUCUGGCCUGAACAGACGGUAG